GGGAGCGCACGGGGUGUUCCCGGCGCAUUUCUAGCUGACGGAAGUGAAGAGCGCUGCUGUUGUUUUCGGCUCUUCUGUGUUAAAGUGCUUGUAUCACAUUUAUGAGAUGUGACAUCAGCGCGCUUAUUAUGGCCGCUUUACCGGGUCCCGCCGAACCGGAUCAGUCCCUGCAGCACAUGCUGAAAGCCAUUGCUGACGAGCGGAGCCGCCUGAACAUCAGACAGGACUUGAGUGGACUGGGGUGUUUUAAGGAUGACCGGAUAGUGUUCUGGACAUGGAUGUUCUCCACAUACUUCAUGGAGAAAUUGUCGCCGCGUCAGGAUGAUAUGAUCUUCUAUGUGAGACGCAAGCUCUCUUAUGUCAGUGCCGACAACACAGAAGGAAAAAAGGUGGAGGUUGAAGUUUACAGACGAGAUUCAAAAAAGCUUCCUGGACUGGGUGAUCCCGAUAUUGACUGGGAGGAGAGCGUGUAUCUCAACCUUAUCCUGCAGAAACUGGACUAUGUGGUCACAUGCGCAGUUUGCACACGCUCAGAUGCAGGAGACAUUCACAUCCACAAGAAGAAAUCACAGCAAGUUUUUGCCUCUCCAAGCAAACACCCCAUGGACAGCAAAGGAGAAGAGUCCAAAAUGAGCUACCCAAACAUAUUCUUCAUGAUCGACAACUUCGAGGAGGUGUUCAGUGAUAUGACUGUUGGAGAAGGUGAAAUGGUUUGUGUGGAGCUGGUGGCCAGUGACAAGAGCAACACGUUCCAGGGCGUUAUCUUCCAGGGGUCCAUCCGAUACGAAGCCCUCAAGAAAGUCUAUGACAACCGGGUAAGCGUGGCAGCUAAGAUGGCGCAGCGCAUGUCUUUCGGCUUCUACAAGUACAACAACAUGGAGUUUGUGCGGAUGAAAGGUCCUCAGGGCAAAGGUCACGCUGAGAUGGCUGUGAGUCGAGUGCCCACUGGAGACACCUCGCCCUGUGGCACUGAAGAAGACCAAGAUUCCCCACUCCACGAGAGGGUGACAUCUUUCAGCACCCCCCCGACCCCAGAGAGAAACAGACCCUCCUUCUUCUCACCAUCACUGCGCCGCAAAGUGCCCCGAAACCGAAACGCUGAGAUGAAGAAAUCACACUCUGCAAAUGACAGCGAGGAGUUCUUUAGAGAGGAAGAUGAUGAAGACAUGUGCAACACAACAAACCUGCGUUCCCGAUCGCUGUCCGGGACUGGUCGAUCACUGGUGGGUUCUUGGCUAAAGCUGAACAGAAAAGACGAUUAUUUCCUGCUGUAUUCUCAUCUCACCUAUGUGACUCUUCCUUUGCAUCGCAUCACCACAGAUAUUAUGGAGGUGAGACAGAAGUCUAUCUUGAUGUUCUAGCAUUCCUGACUUCUAAACCACAUUACCAAGUGCCUCCUCACAUCAGGCCCACAAGGAACUGCCAUCUGGUGUCUGGACAGAUUACUAAAAAUAAUACACAACAGCAAAAGAGAAGAGGAGAAACUUAAGGAAUAAAAUCCCUCAAGAAGUGCCUCUUCUACAAGUUUUCUGUGGAAUCGACGCGACCAACAGAAAUGACUCAAGUCCUGGAAUUAAAAUGGCACUAUAUAACUCCAGACAUUGACGCGAAAGGGAAAUGUUUAAUGGGAAAUAAGACAAAGAGUAAACAAAUGUCUUUCUUGUAAAUACACUGCUGCUUAGAUACUCUGUGAAAUGUACGACCACAACUCCAUCCCUUCAGCCUGAACUCAAGAGACACUUCGUGAUUUUGUGCAUAGUAUAUUUUCCAUACAGCUCUAGGCCUUAAUACAUCGCUGACCAGCUAAUAUAUAACAAACGUUGUCCUUCUGAUAGCCCGUCUCGCAUCCCAACUGUCAACACUUUAAUGGAAUAGUUCAGCCAAAAAUGAAAACUGUACCAUUAUUUACUCUUGACCCUCAUUUAGCAACACAAAAGGAGACAUUCUGAAGAAUGAACUAGUCGUCUUUUUUGUCUUCAGUUACAGGAAACGUAACGCUCAAGAUGAAAAGUCCACCUUUAAUACACUUUUAUGGUUCUUUCGUGUCCUUUUUGAAGCUGGUAAGCUCCAUUCAUGCUAAUGGACAAGAGCGAGCAGUGCAUUACUUAAACGUUCUUCUUUUGUGUUCAAAUGGGGAAAAGUACCAAGGGUUUUAAAACAACAUGAGUAAUGACAGAAUUUUGGGUAAUUAUUCCUUCUAGUAAGUGCUGGAUGUUUGGUGAAUGCUCUUCUAUGCUUACACACUGUCUGUUACUUGAUUUGUUUGACUCUCUUUGUGAUCUUGAAAUACUAGUGAUUAUGAUGUGUUGAAGGAACUUCAUAGGUCAUUUUUGAGGCUCAAAGUUUCUGACAUCACCAGAGCACAGUUCUUAGAAACAUCAACGUCCACCAUGACACUGUCCAUUAAUGUGACACUAGAUAGUCAUUCGCUGUGAGUGUUAAAGGGUCUUCUUAAAUUAGUUUGUUUUUGAACAAUCUUUUGCACUAAAGGGCUUUUGGAGUUGCUCGUGUUUAGCCAACCCAAAUUGUCAGUAUUGAUUUGUGUGUCGGCUGAAUGUAAUAAUUGACCAUACAGCUUUAAUAUCCAUUUGAUAUAAGAUUUUGAAAAAUGCUGUUUGAACUCUUUCAAGACCCAAGUCUUUUGCGCCAUUGUUUUUUUCUGUAUUUGACUUUCAGUUGAAGGCUAUUUUUAAGGACGUUAGCAGUUUGUUAAAUGCUGUACAUGUGCUUUUGUAUCAAGUGGUUAUUAAGCAAAGUAAAUGUGCAUGUUGUCAUAGUUAUAUACACUUUUUCUGUACAUCUUUAUGAAAAAAUACACAUUACAAAAAAACAAGCUCUUGUUGAAGUGAAUUGAGCUUAUGAACUCACCUUUACUACAAGUGCAUUGUGGGAUUUCACAUAACGUAACAGAGAUUGCGGUCUAUAGAGUUGUCUGUAUCCAAAUGUGAACACUUAAAGAUGCUUUAAGCGAUUUGGUUUUUAUGAAAAUGUUAAUAUUACCUGCUUGAUAUCACUGUAAUGGGUGCCAUGAAAUAUGACCCCUUUCACUGACAGGCUAAAGCUGC